AUGGAAGGGGACGAGGCGGCGGCUGCAGCGGCGGCGGCGAGGAUACGGGUGGUGCGCUGCCCGAGGUGCGACAAGUUCCUGCCGGAGCUGCCCGCAUACUCCGUCUACGUCUGCGGCGGAUGCGGCGCCACCCUCCAAGCCAAGAAAAGAAACUCGGGCCAAGCUUUGGAUCCCUCUGAUAAUGGAAAUGUGAAAUACCUGGAAGUACUGGAGAGUGUGCCAGAGACAUCUGAAGCAAUGGAUGCAGCUAGCACUGAUAACAGAUCAGUACCCAAUAGAAUGCCAGCUUUGCAUAGCAGAUCAGUUUACAGCCGUGAUAACAGUCGGAUUACAAGGGAGCCAAGCACCUCAAAUGUCAAAGCUGCCGCAAGAGAUGAUGUAAAAGAGGCUAAGUACAUGCGCAUCCGUAAUGUGGAAAAUGGAGAGACUGCACAUCCUGUGAGAGCAAGAGGUGUAUCUGACAUACGGCCAAAGUCCCCAAUCUCGAGUGUUCCACCCAAUGCAUUCCGCGGAGAAGGCCCUAUUGACCACCAUUUGAAGUCGAGGCACAUGCAUUCCAAUAAGGAGCAUGCCAAUGAACCAGAUUUGGAUGGUCCAAGCAGAGUCAGGGGUCUUGAGAAAGACCGAGCCGAGCUGUUGAGGAUGCUUGAUGAGUUGAGAGACCAGGUGCAGCAAUCCUGUGAGGUAAAUGGGCCGGAUACAAGUGCGGUCAAUAGAGCAGCAGAUACCUCAAGUUCAUAUGGUAUUCAUGAACGGUUGAGUCAGUUGAGGCAAGAUCGAUCUCAAUUGCAUCGAAAGGGUUCUCAUCACUCUCCUUCCAUGAACGCGCGAAGUCCUGGCAUACAUGUUUAUGAUCCAUUGCCUGCACAGCAAAACCAUCAUGGAUAUGUGGAACCUAUUGCACAUGCAAGAACCUCUAGCUAUCCUGCUGGCCCUUACCCAUGGAGAAAUUUUGAUAACUAUUUCUUUGGACAGCAUGAUCCUGAUCCUCUUCUAUCUUGCCACCACGAAGGUUUCUACCAUCAGGCUGCCUGUUCUUGCUUACAUUGCUACCACCGGGAGUUCUUACCUGUACAGGGAACUCCCCUGGGUUUCAAUGAUCAGAGGGCACCAUAUCUUGUGAACAGCUAUGGGGCCUAUCCUGUGGAUGGUCCCUUGCUUGGUCAGCAAAGGUACAAUUCAAGAAGUGUUAAUCCUUCCUUGCAUCCGAAUAACCCAAGGGCCAAUAUAAGAAAGAAGCCUGCACAAACUCUUGAGCCAAUUGCUGGUGGUGCUCCUUUUACCAUAUGCUACAACUGCUACGAAGUACUGCAGCUACCGAAGAAACGUUCGUUGUUGGGGAAGGAGUAUAAAUUGCGGUGUGGAUCAUGCUCACACACAAUUAUAGUCAAGCUUGAUGGAACCAGGCUCGAUGUAUCGGAACUUACACCAAUUGCACAUUUAUCUCCUACACUGCAAAAUAACAUUGGUGAUAACAUGGCAGAUAACUUGCGUGCUACUGCUGAUGAGAGGCUGCUUCCACCAUAUUCUUUUUCUGUAGCAAGUCAUCAAUCUCAGGAAAAGGAUAAGCAGUCAAAUUCAGGCGAAUCAGACAGCAAACAUACCCCUCUAGGGACUAAUUCUGAGGACAGCCCUCAAUCCAGGGAUCUUCAUGCCGAAGAGAAUGUCAUUUCCCGCACACCGAGUUUACCAUGUCGUGAUCAUAGUGGAUUCUUACCAUCCGAAGGUUCUGGAAUAGGAAGCAGAAGUACCCGUUCCGAACAUGAAAAGGUUGUGCUGUUAACUGAAAGUUGCAAGCAGAACUCAAUCAAAGAUGUCUGUGUAGCAAAUGAGACGCAGUCAUCAGACGAUGAGUUUGAUGGUCCUGAUUACACACAAGAUAUGCUAAAUGUGCUAAGAGAUUCUAGCCACACAAGGGCGACAAAGGUGGGUGAUUCAUUUCUCACCAAUCUUAUAAAAAAGAGCUUCAGAAUGAACAAUGGAACACAAAAUGGAAGAGCAAAGGUGUUUGUAAAUGGUUUCCCUAUCCCGGACCGUCUGGUCAGGAAGGCUGAGAAGCUAGCUGGAGCAAUUUAUCCUGGUGAUUACUGGUAUGACCACCGUGCUGGGUUCUGGGGUGUUGUCGGGCAGCCCUGCCUUGGCAUGAUACCACCUUAUAUUCCAGAGUUUAAUUACCCUAUGCCCAAGAAAUGCGGUGGUGGAAACACUGGCAUAUAUAUUAACGGAAGAGAACUCCACAAGAAGGAUUUGGACUUACUUGUAGCUCGAGGACUCUCAGAUUCUCCUGAAAGAUCUUAUAUAGUUGAAAAUUCUGGGAAGGUUACAGAUGAAGCAUCUGGUGAAGAGCUUUAUGGCCUUGGCAAGCUUGCCCCAACUGUUGAGAAAUUGAGGCGCGGAUUUGGGAUGCGAGUCCCCAAGCUUAUCGUGGCAGGUCAACAGGGCUCAAUCAUAACCGAUGGACAUGGAGAAGCUCUGGGAUAAAUCAAUGAGCUAGCUGCCUGUCAGAACAUGGAUAUUUGGAGAAACUCCACGGAAAAUCAAGUGUGCUAGAUCUCCAGAAAAAUUCAUUUUCGGCUCCAAGUGUGUGGCUAGUUCUCCUGCUUCUUGAAUUCUCUGUCCCAGUCCUCCUAUAUAUAUCCUGCCAU